AUGGAAAUGCUACUGUUUGGUGUCUGGGCCCUGCUGGUCUUGAUCCCUGACCCAGGAGCUGCAGAAAAGCGAUUUGAGGUUUCUGUUUGCCCAGAUCAGGCCCUUGUAAAGUAUGGACAGUCCCUUACGGUCAACUGCAGCACUACCUGUCCAGACCCAGGACCCGGUGGAAUUGAAACCUUAUUAAAGAAAACCGAGGUGGGCAAAGGGCCUCAGUGGAAGAAGUUUCUGCUGGAAGAUGUCACACAGAAUUCCAUCCUGCAAUGCUUCUUCUCUUGUGCAGGCAUCCAAAAGGACAUAAACCUUGGCAUCACUGUGUACCAGCCACCAGAGCAGGUGAUCGUGGAGCUGCAGCCUGCAUGGGUGGCCGUGGAUGAAGCUUUCACGGUAACAUGUCGUGUGCCCAGGGUCACACCCCUGGAGAACCUCACCCUCACCCUUCUCCAGGAUGACCGAGAACUACGGCGGAAGAAUUUUAGGAGCUUAGCUAUGGCUUCCCAGAGAGCUGAGGUCACCAUCAAUGUCAAAGCCCGAUGGGCGGAUGACAGGUGCAAUUUCUCCUGCCGUGCAGAACUGGACCUGAAUUCACGUGGUGGGGGGCUCUUUCACAGCAACUCAGCCCUCCAGAUACUCCGAAUCUUUGAAUUUUCUCAGAGCCCGCAAAUCCGGGUCUCUUCACUUCUGGAGGUUGGGAUGGCAGAAACGGUGAGCUGCAAGGUGGCUAGGGUGUUCCCAGCCGAAGAGGUAAUGAUCCACAUGUUCCUGGGAGACCAGGAGCUUAGCCCCUUUCUCUUCUGGGAGGGAGACACAAUAUGGGCCAAUGCCACCAUUCGGGCCAUGGAGAUUGGUGAUCAGGAGCUGUCUUGCCUUGCAUCUCUGGGUCCAGUGGAACAGAAAACAAGCCAGCCAGUGUAUGUCUAUAGCUUCCCUCCACCAAUCCUGGAGAUGGAAGAAAUGUACCCAUUGGCAGGGACAGAAAUUAACGUGACCUGCUCGGGGCAUAUUUUAACAUCCUCUAGCCCUACUCUGAGGCUUCAGGGAGCCCCAGAUCUUCCUGCGCCUGGGGAGCCUGCCUGGCUUUCACUUAAUGCCAGUGAGGAAGAUGAUGGCCGGAAUUUAUCCUGUGAGGCCUCUUUGGAGGUUCAGGGUCAGCAGUUGAGCAAAACCACUGUGAUCCAACUCCAUGUCUUGUACAAGCCACGAUUUGAGGAAUCUGGUUGCCCUGGCAACCAGAUCUGGGUGGAAGGGAUGGUGCAGAUGCUUGCCUGUGUCCCAAAGGGAAACCCAGCACCGGUCUUGAUGUGUACCUGGAAUGGCACAGUCUUUGACCUUGAAGUGCCACAGAAGGCAACCUGGAACCACUCUAGAACCUACUGCUGCACAGCCACCAACCAGCUGGGCUCUGUCAGCAAACAUAUUGAGGUCCUUGUUAGAGGACUGGAUAAAGGAGUCAGUUCUGUCAUUUUGGUGAUUUUUAGGGUUGCCUUUGUAGUGGGUGUCAUCUACAUGGCACUGAUUCGAAACAUUUGGCCCUGA